AUCGGCAAUUGCCGUCAAGUUCUUGAACGGAAAGGAACUUUAUUUUACUAAUUGCUCAUUUGUAUCCACUAAAUCUAAAUCAAACAAAGUUUCACUGUUUGAUACAUUUUGUUUUUUGUUGAAUUAGUUGAAUUAGUCCAUGAAUGAAAUUUGAAAAGUGAAAACUACAUUCAAACGACAACGAUGCAAGUACAACCGCAAAAGGUAGCAGGCCUUGUAGCCGAUCUGCAGCCAAACAUACGAUUAAUGAAGUUUUUUGGCCACUUCUUCUGGCGAUUUUCAACUGGACCAGUUCUUCUAAACAAAGCAUACUCAGCAAUACACUUAGCACUGUUCUUAAUUCAAUAUUUAUGCAUUCUGAUCAAUUUAGUACUGAAUACCGGUGAGGUCAACGAACUGACGGCAAAUACCAUUACCGCUCUACACUUCUUUCACUGCAUCGUAAAGUUCUGUUAUGUAGGUGUACAUUCGGAGGAGGUUUACAAGACCUUCAACAUAUGGAAUCACUCGAAUCACCAUCCUCUAUUCGCUGAAUCUAACGAUCGCUUUCACAGCAUAUCGUUGGUUAAGCAAAGAAAACUACUUAAGACUAUAAUGGCACUAUGCAUUUUCGUUGUAGUGGCCUGGACUACCAUAACCUUCUUCGGUGAGAGUGUUAAGGGAGCGUUUGAUAAGUCAACGAAUGAAACGUAUUUCAUCGAAGUACCUCGGCUACCGUUUAAAUCGUGGUAUCCGUGGAACGCAAUGAGUGGAUUCAUGUAUUACAUCAGCUUCGCAUUCCAAGUCUACUUUUUGAUGUUCUCAAUGACAAACUGUAAUUUGUCCGAUGUAAUGUUCUGUUCCUGGUUGAUAUUUGCAUGUGAACAACUCGUCCAUUUGAAGGAAAUCCUUAAAAGUCUUAUGGAAUUGUCGGCGUCGUUGGACACAUAUCGCCCGAAUUCGCAGACACUUUUCCGCAAUUCAUCUGGCAAUUCUAAAACCGAAUUGAUAAAUGAUGACGAGGAAUAUGCAAAAUCAAAUGGCCUUUACACUUCGAAAGCGGAUUGGGGCUCACAAUUUAAAGCAUCGUCUGAAUUGCAAAAUUUCGAUCCGAAUAAUCCGAAUGGUUUGAGUAGUAGACAACAGAUGAUGGUACGUAGUGCCAUUAAGUAUUGGGUGGAGCGACACAAGCAUGUUGUAAGAUUAACGGCUGCCAUUGGAGAGACUUACGGAGGAGCUCUACUGCUACACAUGUUGACAUCAACCAUUUGUUUGACUCUGCUGGCUUAUCAGGCAACCAAAGUCGACGGAAUUAAUGUGUAUGCAUUUUCAACGAUCGGAUACUUGGUGUAUGCGUUGGGUCAAGUAUUCCAUUUCUGCAUUUUCGGAAAUCGACUUAUUGAAGAGAGCUCAUCAGUAAUGGAAGCUGCCUAUUCCUGUCACUGGUAUGACGGGUCUGAAGAAGCUAAAACCUUUGUGCAGAUUGUUUGCCAACAGUGUCAGAAGGCUAUGACCAUUUCCGGUGCAAAGUUUUUCACCGUUUCGCUGGAUCUGUUUGCAUCGGUUCUGGGAGCUGUGGUCACCUACUUCAUGGUGUUGGUGCAAUUGAAAUAAAUUCUAUGUGGCAGAUUGUUUGCUCAAUGUAAAUGCAUUCAAAUAUUUAUAAGAUUUGAGUGCUGGCCGACAUAAAUUCUAACACUUAACUUGCUAUGAAUCACCACUUUGCAAUGAAAAAAAAACUUAGUUCCUAAGGCAGAUAAAAACUAAAGUGAAUUUAAUUGAAUAAAAAUAAAUAAUUUUUGUUGUUGUUAACACAGAACUCAAU